UUAUCUCUCUAGCUAGCUUCUUGAGUAUAUAUAUCUUCUUAUCUGAAUUCCAAAACAAUUCACAUAAAAUGGCUGCAUACUGGCCUGAGCCGAUUGUUUCCGUGCAAGCCUUGUCCCAAACCGGCGUAACAACUGUACCAAGCCGGUAUGUGAAACCUUUUCACCAGAGACCGGUCCUGAACUCCUCCCAACCCGAUGCUGAGAUAGAAAUCCCCGUGCUGGAUAUGUCCAACGUGUGGGGGAAGCCAGAGGGGCUGAGGCUCGUGAGGAGCGCUUGUGAGGAGUGGGGUUUCUUCCAAAUGGUGAACCACGGUGUGGACCACGCGCUGAUGGACAAAGUGAGAGCAGCGUGGCGAGAGUUCUUCGAGCUACCGCUAGACGAGAAACGGAAGUACGCAAACUCACCGGACACGUAUGAAGGUUAUGGAAGCCGCCUUGGUGUUGUGAAAGGUGCUAAAUUAGAUUGGAGUGAUUACUUCUUCCUUAAUUACUUGCCUUCUUCCAUAAGAAACCCCUCCAAGUGGCCAUCUCAGCCUCCUAAGAUCAGAGAAUUGAUCGAAGAGUACGGAGAAGAAGUGAGAAAACUGUGCGAGAGGCUGGUAGAGACGCUCUCAGAGAGUUUAGGUUUAGAACCAAAUCGUCUCAUGAAGGCCUUUGGAGGAGAAGACAAGGUCGGUGCUUCUCUGAGGACAAACUACUACCCAAAAUGUCCUCAGCCACAUCUCACGCUAGGUCUCUCUUCCCAUUCUGACCCUGGUGGCAUCACCAUUCUCUUCCCGGACGAGAAAGUCGCUGGCCUCCAGGUCCGUCGUGGUGAUGGCUGGGUCACCGUUAAAUCAGUCCCCAAUGCUUUGGUCGUUAACAUGGGAGAUCAGAUUCAGAUACUUAGCAAUGGAAUUUACAAAAGCGUGGAGCAUCAGGUGAUCGUUAAUCCCGGUAUGGAGCGAGUCUCUUUGGCAUUCUUCUACAACCCAAGAUGUGAUAUCCCGAUUGGACCAGUCCAAGAACUAUUAACCGAAAGCCGACCCGCUCUUUACAAACCGAUCAGGUUCGACGAAUACCGUCUUCUCAUUAGGCAAAAAGGUCCUUCCGGAAAGAACCAAGUGGACGCACUGUUAUCAAGUAGAUGAUUACUUAUUAUAUACAACCCAUGUAAAAUGUGUUAUUAUCCUAUUUGCAUGUACUUGGUAUAUACAGCCGUUACCAAAAUAAUAUGUAAUA